CUGCCCAGGCAGGAGGAAGAUGGCGGCGGGGGCGAGGUGAGGUGUUGGCGGUGGAGAGGGGCUCGGGCGCCGGGGACGGGGGGACGCGGAACCAUGGCCCGCGGCGGCCGCAGGGGUAGAUAAGACGCCGUCGCGCCGCGGGUGUGGGAGGGCAGGGGCAGCCUGGCGCCGCGGGAGUAUGACGGGGCUGUACGAGCUGGUGUGGCGGGUGCUGCACGCUUUGCUCUGCCUGCUCCGCACGUUCACCUACUGGCUCCGCGUUCGGUUCGGCACCUGGAACUGGAUCUGGCGGCGCUGCUGCCGCGCCGCCUCCGCCGCGGUCCUAGCGCCACUUGGCUUCACGCUCCGCAAGCCCCCGGCUGCUGGCAGGAACCACCGGCAGCACCGGCACCGAGGGGGGCCGGGCCCCGGCGCCACCCACCCCCGGCUGCGCUGGCGUGCGGACGGCCGUUCCCUGGAGAAGCUGCCGGUGCACAUGGGCCUGGUGAUCACCGAGGAGGAGCAGGAGACCAGCUUCUCGGACAUCGCAAGCCUCGUGGUGUGGUGUAUGGCCGUGGGCAUCUCCUACAUUAGCGUCUACGACCACCAAGGUAUUUUCAAAAGAAAUAAUUCCAGAUUGAUGGAUGAAAUUUUAAAACAGCAGCAGGAACUUCUGGGCUUAGAUUGCUCCAAAUACUCAACAGAGUUUGCAAAUAGUAAUGACAAAGAUGAUCAAGUUUUAAAUUGCCAAUCGGCAGUGAAGGUCCUGUCUGCAGAAGAUGGAAAAGCAGAUAUUGUGCGAGCUGCUCAGGAAUUUUGCCAGUUAGUAGCCCAGCAGCAAAAGAAAUCCACAGAUUUGGAUGUGCAUAUGUUAGACAGUUUACUUAGUUCAAAUGGUUUUCCUGAUCCUGAUGUAGUAUUGAAGUUUGGUCCUGUGGAGAGCACAUUAGGCUUUCUUCCCUGGCACAUCAGAUUGACUGAGAUUAUCUCUUUGCCUUCCCACCUAAACAUCAGAUAUGAGGACUUUUUGUCUGCCCUUCGUCAGUAUGCAGCAUGUGAACAGCGUCUGGGAAAGUAGCCAUCACUGGUUGCAUAAUUUGAUUUCAGGCUUUUGGAGAAAAGGACACAAGUGACUCUGAUGUUUACAAAGCACCUAUGAAACCCUGUACACACCUAGUUCAUAAUCCUUAUAAUUUAUCAACAAACACAAAAAAGUGUCUUACUUGAGAGUAAGUAUGUGUGAGUGUGUGUGUGUGCGCAUGCGUGUGUGUAUGGAAAUAAACUUAUAAAUGGGAAGUAUUGGAGAAGGAAAUACAUGGACUUGCUCCUUUGAGCAAAUAGCAGUAAUGUUAGAGGAGCUGAAAUUUCAGUUUUAAAGCCUUCAGCCCCAACUAUUUCCCUGUUUUUGUAGGGAGAUGAGUGGGUGUUUAGAGCUAUUGGAUUGUUAUUUUGGGGGGAGGGGAAUACUUUUUUUCAGUCUUUCCUGGUGACCAAACUUUAAUUUUUAAGAAUAAUAUAUUGACUUAUUAAAUGGAAGCAUUCUGAGUUUGAGGGAUUUCCAGAGGAAUGAGUUCCAUGUUGCUCACAUGUUAAAAACUUGCUCACCAUUGAAGCAGAAGGAAUACCUGUUUCCAGAUACCCGUCCAUUUCAUCUCAUCGUUAUUGUCAGACAAUGUGACUGGAGAGUGUUGAUCUGGUGUCUUUGUUCUGGGUUGUGAAGAUCACUUGAAGAAGAACUCUCACUACACUGACAUGCAGAAAUUCAAAAAUUUAAGUAUUAGGCAGUUCAUAAAAGGUAAAGAAGUUGUAAUCUGAAAAGUAAAGGGGGAAAGUUUCAUAAAAAAGGACAGAGUUUGGAUUUUCAUUUUUGUUUGAUGGACAGUGUGCUGCAUAGUAUCCAAAGUUACUUAAAAAAUAUUUCCAUUAACUAUGUUUAUUUAAAAUAAGCAUUUGAGGGAAAUUACAAGGCAGCUCUUUUCCUCAAAAGUAACCUGUUCCUUUUUGGAAUCGCAUUUAGGACCAUGUUAAUACCCAGGGUUUUUGCUCAGUAAAUCCUGAUGGUGACUUUGUAGAAAAGAUCUUUAAGUGAGAUUGAGGCCUACGUAGGUAAUAAAACAUUACCAAAGUCUACAAAGUAAUUUAAUUUUACAUGUUCUCUUUCAUGACAGAGAACAGCACUGGUUCUGUUAUUUUUUUAAAUGAAUAAGUGAUUUUUUGGUAGGUGUUUAAUAUUUCUUUCCUCACUGCUGAUCCUUAGACAGAAACCAUUCUUUAUAGUUGAUGGACUGUUUUCAGAAAAAUCUUAUCAACAGAUGUAUAAGAGUUAUCUAAAAUUGUACGUUUUGAAUGGAGAAGUUUAAAUACUAGGUUUCAGAAGUCUGAAAAAUGACAGCGAAGACUGGAUUUGGAAAGCAAGGUCUGGACUUGCUUGUCAGAAUCUGAAGGUAUGAAGAAUAAACGUUUCAAUUUUGGAUUUCAAAACCCCAUUUAUGAUUUUAAAAUUAUACUUGAAAUAAAAUAUUUAAACUAAAUUUUGGUUUAGUGAUAUUACUUUGCACUUCAUAGUUCUUUUGAACAUUGCAAGACUUUUUUUUUUUAAGUCAGUUUAUUGCUGAAAGUUUUGUGUGAAGCUACAGCAUAUCUCUAAACUUUACUAGAGAAUUUUUUAUUUCUGUUCCCCUGUACUGUGAUUCAUGUUGUAUUGAGGCUUUUUUUGGCCUAAGUUUAAGAUUGAAUUUAUGCCUUUUAUAAACAUGUCAUUUUUUAAACAUUUGGAAUGUGUAUAGCUUUAAUGAAUUAAAUGUAAUCAGCCCAAUUGAAGUGAAGAAAUUUUAUGUUAAAAUGAAAUUAGUCAAAUAAAUUACCCGCUGGGAUAUAGCCAAAGUCACUAAAGGUUUCAUAGUUUAUUUUCUUCCAUUUUGUAGCAGUGUAGUGUCGCACAUCAGAGUGAAUCUUUAACCUGUGACCCGAGUCUAUUUUCGUCCUAAGAGAAGACCCGUGAAACAAGUUGCUAAGGAUUCUGAAUUCAGAUAUAGGCAUUCCAGAUCCUUCUCCUCACUAGUACAAUCUCCACAAUUUGAAUGGCAUCGGUCAUUCUGGAAUUUCUGCCAAAAUUAGCACUAGUUACUCCUCAUUGGGGCUCCGUUUGCACUCCCAAGAACUGAUUAUUUUAAAGAAAGAUGUUGUUUGUCUUUAUAGCUAUUGAAGGAUAUUGUCUUUAAGUUGUUUCCUCCUGACAGUACCCAUAAUGGAAAAAUUACCAAGACCUACAUUGUAGAUGGCAGCUCAGGUGGAGCAUAGCAAAAAGUCAGAGAGUUUGAAUUCCAGUCCCAAUUCUGGUUUUGUUUUGUUUCUUAAAAAUGAUUAGUUACAAAGUUUGAAAGCUGGUGUUGAUGCGAAUAGCAAAUUGUGGUAUAUUGUGACUAAGGCUUAAUGCCUAAGAGAGGGUGGUAUUGUUAAUAAACAGUGCCAAACACACUGUGCAUAUCUACAAAUUAAUCUUUGAAUGUAUGUUACUUGAUAGCUCUCUCCUCUUGUGUGAUGGUACCGUGCAGUCAAAUCUUUGUGAUGUUUUAUAUGGCUGUAGACUUUGGUGACAUGUAAAUAAUGUGUAAAGCAAGUUUUUAUGAUUAAGGAAUCAAAUUUAUUGAAUUUUAUGACCGAAAGUUGAAAGUUAACAUGUAUGAACAAAAACAAUAAAAGAAUAUACUCUUUUCAUGAACUA